GCCACCAGUAAUCUCUGAAUCAUAAAAAAAAAAAAAAAAAAAUUGGGCCGUGAGCUCGUCGACCCAUCUAAGCAAUAAAAAAAUUAAAAAUAAAACUUUAUAGUGUUUACCAUAAAAUCAUAAAUAUAGAUUUUAUGAACAAGGUAUUUGAAUUUUAAUUUAAAACUACUAUUCUAUUAAAAUUAAGAUUUAUCUUAAGCGGUAGACUACAAUCAUUGUCACCAAUUUUUAUAAGUAUCUAUAUCUGAAGAAAGGUGGUGCUCGUAUACUUCUUGUACUUUUAAUACUUGUGCGCAGAUUAAAUUCUUUUAACUUUCUAUUUCUUAAAUAAGCACUAAAAAUACAGGUGAAAGCUUUUGCAGCGAAAGCCUUUUGCCUAUAGAACUUGAUCCAUUAAGAAAACUUUGACAUUUUAGUAAGCUUAAUGUCAAAACAAAAAAUUGAUUUAAAUUGCACCCGCAGUUGCCGAUUCAAGGAAACACUAAAUAAAUAGUAAAAAUAAACAAUUAGUUUAAUACCGUGUCUUUAAACUCAUGUUACGGAAAUAACAAAUGAAAUUUAAGUACUCAUUUCAUUUUCAAUCAUGGGAGAUACACAAAACGAUGAUUUCGAAAUGCUCAAAGCCUUAUUUGAUUUUGAAGCCACAUUGGCAAAAACGUUAAGUUUCUCGGAAGGUGAAUAUUUUCAUUUGCAACAGAGCAACACUAAACAACGAAACUGGUGGCAUGUUGUUAAUAGGAAAGGUCAGGUCGGCUUUGUGCCCUCUAAUUAUGUAGCUACAGUCAAGGUAGAGGCGGAGUACCUGUUGGCUUUUUUGAGCGAUUGUAUUAAAAAUUUAAACGAAAGCAGCUCGCACUCUCAAAAGCAGGACCUAUUGAUUAAAAUUAUUGAAAGAAAAAAACAAGUGCAGAUGUUUGUGAAGCCGCAUUCUAAAAAACAGCAAGCACCAAAGCCUCCGCCAAGGCUAGAUGACAGCACUCCUCCAAAUGGAGUGUCGCCUUCAUUUGAUCUUAGGCCUGUUGUAUCUCAACAGCAGAUCAGCGAAGAGAGGGAUUCACCACCAAAAUCAUCAAGCACCAAUGAUGAAAAUGAUGAUACAAGGAGUAAAUGUGAUCUCAAAAACAUCAAGCAGCACUCUUUUGACACUGAUAACCAGGAUGAUAGCCAAGAUAGCAGUGAGAGUAUUAAGCCAAAUGCAAUAUAUGAAAUUGUUCAAGCUGUGCGGAAAGAGACUCAGCUUAGUCAUGAAAUGUCAAAGGUUGCUGUUGAAACUGUUCUCAUUUCGCUAAGAGAGUUCCUACCUGGUGGUGCUGCAAGAUCCAUUAUAGAUGCAUUACUUCGUGAGGCCAAUAGUAAUAUAACCUGUCCGAAGAAUGCUAUUGAUGCUGCUCCUGAUGCAUUGAGGAUGAUGACUGCAUUGAAUGCACUUUCCAAAGCAGCUAAUGAUGCUCAACAAAGAGGCUGGGCAUUGCAUGAUGACUCACAUGACAUACAAACACAAUUGCUUGAACUGAUCUCCGUUAUGUCAAAUGCUGAUGUCAACAUAUCCCAACAUGUGUUGAGCAGUCAUCGAUAUGUUUAUGUGACAACUUUGGUACAGUAUUAUCAGAUGGAAACUCGGUGGCCCCUACGUCAGCUACUGUUACAGGCAUUUGGUAUAAUGUGCGGCCUAGAGCGUACAGCCCUAGCAACAUUGGCGCUGUCAUCGUUACCGGCGGAGAUUGCUCGAGACAUGCGCGACAACCCUAGGGCCGUCAGCCGUCUCUCUCACUCCGCUCUGCUACUCUCCAUGGUUCUAUCUAUGGGAGACAAACUUCCGGUCACACAUUUCGAGCAGCUCGGCCUUGAAUUUGCACAAUUUUUGCUGGAGUUGCUUGAAGAUCCACCGGAAACCGAUGUCGAUGAACAGAUACCUGAUUUGUUUUCAACUCUCCUUUUGGCCUACAACUUGCAGUUUGAGAACCCAUUCGACAACAUAUUGUUGAAUGCAUUGGAAACAAGGGACAUGGCCAAAACAUUCUGUGAGAAAGUGCUCUUGUUACUCAAUCGUGAAGAAGACCCGGUGCGUAUUUUUGAGCACGAGCCGGCACCUACUCAUUCUGUUCUCAAACUGGUGAUUGACUUGUUUAGUCGUAAAAAAACCGCAGACCACUUUUAUACUAAUGACGUAAAGGUCGCCAUAGAUAUAGUUGUGAGGCAACUGGCCGAUCUCUCGCCUGGUGAUACGCGUCGCCAGCAAUACUUGAAGAUUCUCCAAGGUGUUAUUCGGAACACUGACUACGGUUCUCACCUGCACCGCAGAGACGACCUGCUGCGUUGUUUCGCUCGCAUAUUCUGCGAAGAAGGUGAAUGCAGUCGAGAGGAUCAAGCUCUGGUCAGGGCUAUUUCCAACGAGUUCCCGCAGUUUUUCAAGGCCUAAGCUCACACUAUGGUAAUGCACAAGACCGGUAUGUGAAGUAUUAAUAUUUCGUAUCUCUCUCUUAGAUAAACACCACCGUGUAAUGACUAGUUUAUAUUAUAACAACAUUUUUGAUGAACAUUGAUUGAUACUAGGGAAUGGAUAAAGCAUAAAUGAGAGGAUCAGCAAUAUAUGAUCAAUAUUAUCUUAAUGAGCAAUACUGGGUGUUAGGGGACCGCUUCUGAAAACGAAGACAGAUGAUAGUACUAAUAACACUUUUGAUGAUAGGACAGACAAAAAAACUUGAUCCUGAUUUUAAAAAAAACAUAUUUUUAAAACGUUUUAUUAGCAUUAUUUACGCUCCAUCAUGUUAGUACAGCUAAAUGAAACGAUAGUUUCAUAAAAAAUACAUUACUAAAAAAAACCAGCAAUGAAACACAAAAUAAAAAACAGCUGAUGCUCGGGUCAACGAACGCCCGGGCGCGCUGCUUCUUUUACACGCACACCGGCGCGACGGGGGCCAACUUUGUAGCUACAAAAUUUUCAUUUUCGAAAGCAGUCUCCUAACACCCAGUAUAUAUUUGCACAAGAAAAUCGCUUAAUGAUCCAUGUACUUAUGUCUAGUCUAGUAUUGAGAGUUAUAUUUUAAUUUUACCAUGUCUCUGUCUAACAGUAAUAUCCACAAUUUCUAUACUGAUUGUGAACAAAAGUUUUCUUCAGAGUAUCUAAGGCAAGUAUUAAAUAGAAUGAAAUUUGUAUUGAAAGAGGACUGAUUUGAUGAGAAUGUAAAAUUGAUACGUAACGGUAUGCAUUGGUGAUGAUUAAAAUAAGUAUUAUGCUGCUUUAGAAGCCUAAUGGCAGUAAACUUAUGUAUGGCUACAAAAUUAUUACCAACCAUAGCUUUUUGACACCAUAUUAGAAAGGGUUGGUAUAACUUCAAUUUUAUUUGACACAAGUGACUCAUCCACUAUAUAAAUUGUCUCGCAAAAAUCCGUAGUCGCUAAGUGUACGUUCGUUGACCCCGGCUUUUGUACGCUAUACAUUAUAAACUGUAGAAAUGUCAUAAUUACUUGACAUGACACUUCUAUUAACAAAUUAAUAUCUUUUUUUCUCACCGGGAGAGAAUUGGGUACUUUUGCCCCACACGUGCCAGGGACUAAAAGCGAACUUUACAACCCGGUUGAAAAAAAAAAUUUAGGGAGAAAAGUAGAACAUCCCCACCCGAGAUUGUCACCCUCGCUUUCGGCUCGGGUGACAACAAUUCGCGAGCGUGAAUAUUCUACUUUUCUCACACGUUGCGUAAUAUACUAUUAUAUAUUACAUUGAUCUUGUGUGUAAUCUAUUCUAUGGUUUUGAAUUAAAGAGCGACUCAUUUCCCCUACAUAUUAACAAGAAAGGCGAAGUUGAAAUUUCAAUAAUUCGUUAAAUAUUUGGUCAACUCUAAUGAGCUAAUAGUGGAUGAGUUUUCCCCAACUUCCUGAACAGUCAGGCAGCUCGAUUAUGCCAUAAUUACUGCAUUAUGGCUUAUGAUCUCAAAUAGUAACUUUUUUAUGUGUAAAAUAAUAAAUGAAUUUGGUGCAUUUUUACCGCUUGACUUAACUUUUAACUUGUAUGUCUAUAUUUAUAAGUGUUAAAUGAUUGUAGCUGAAUGCAAACUAUGAAAACGAACAACAUGUCAGUAGUAACUAGCGAUUUAAAGUAAAAAUCGUUCUAGAAAACUUGUUAAAUUUAAACGAAUUUUAUUUAAAAAAAAAACCAUAAAGCAUAAAUGUUUUUUUCUAAAAUUUAGAUCUCAUAUUUUCAAAUAUUUUACGUGAAGAGUAUUAAAAAUAUAGCAUUUCCUAUAAAUAACUAAAAAUUAAAAAAUAAUUAUUUAAGGUGUUAUUAAUAAAAAUGUAGGAACGAUUAAAUUGUCUAUUUACGUCGAUGUUAUUGUUACAAAUAAUAUAUAGUCUCUCUUUUGCCACGAAGGGUGAACGUGAUAAUUCUCAAUGUGUCUUAAAGUUCAAAAUUAUAGCAUAUUUUAUUUAAUUGUUACUAGUCGUACUACUGCUACCUGUUUAUGACUUUCGGAAAAUUUGUCUCAAAUAUCACGACUGUGUUAUUUUAUUUAAAGGUAACACACACGCAUGCCAUAUACAUAGGUACUCGCAUUUGUGAUUAAUAUUUGAAUAUUAUGUAUAAUAUUUUUCAUUAAUUUCCUUGUAAAAUUUCAAAAUGUAUACUUUCGGUUCUUAAUAUUCAUGUUUUAUAACUGUAAAAAUUAAAUUCAUUUAAGAUACUCUUUACUACUACAUUUAGGAAAAGAUAAGGGUAAAAACAACAUUGAGAUAAAAUCUUUAAGGGCCACUUCAAAAUAAAUAAAAUAGUUGUCAAGUAAUGUUUGCGUAAACUUCAAGUAAUGUAACUGUUGCACAAAAAUCAUUUUAUAAUUUUGAUUUUGUAUCAAUAUUUUUAUGAACUACCCAUAAAUUACAAUUAUCGUUUCCAGUGUACAAUAUAUAUUUUUCUGUUUCUAUUCUACCUAGUCUGACUUUUAAUAUUCAUUGUGGCAUGUAAUAAAAUUUCAUUGGCAACCACUUCUACAGUUGCUUAUCAAAAAUAAAUUUGCAGACUUAUGAGAGGGAGAGAGAGAGAGAUAGUCUGCAAAUCAUUAUAAAAAUCAAUUCAAUAGAUUCAUUAUUCAAAUAUGUUUUGAAUAUGCCGAAUUGUUUAUGAUAAAAACGAUUUCGUUUAUUUUUGGUGAAUAUAAUAUUAAUUAAAAAUAAAUUUACGGUUUAGUCUCUUUAGUCUCUAGUCUUGUUUCCGACUUUACGAAUACUUUACAGUUUUACUGUGUCGUCCUAGAUUAAGAUUACGAUUAAACCGUAAAAGAAAUUUUAAUGAUAUUCUGCGACACACGAAUACCGAAUAAAGAUUAAAUAAUUUGAUAUAUUAUUUUUAUAUAUGUAAUGUUCAAAUAAUCCAAAAACAAAUUUUCACUAUUAUUUUCUUCAUUUUUUCUUGUCAAUUCUUAAAUCGAACAUGAAAGUGCAUUUAAUUGCAUUGCUGUUUUCAAAUGAACACCAAAAACAAACCAAGGGUAUAAAACAGAAACAAUUCUAUGAAACAUAGUUUUGGUCUAAUUCUAAAAGAAUAAUUUAUUCAUCAAAGUAUAAUACUAAAAAUACAUUUAAUCUCAAAUAUAAUAAAAUUAUUUACUUAGAUCAGUACCUAAUACAAUAUUUUUGCUAGUCACUAUUCUAUUAAAAUAGCAAAAGUAUAUUUAAGUAUCUCAUUUACAUUACACAAUGAAAUUAUUAAUAUUAUAUAAAAUGAAAAUAAACCACUGUGCUUAUUUCAUUUUUGUUAAAUAAAAUAGAAUAAGUUGUCUUCAUAUAUCGCUCUGAGUAAUAUGUUAGAAAAAAAAUACUAUAAAAAUAGAAUGGUCAAUAGACCAUCAAAUAUAAUUCAUAAAUAAUAAAUGUAUAAUAUUAUAAUCUAAUUAAUAUGGAAUUCGUCAAGAUAAAAUUUUAUUUCUUUAUUCUUACAAAUAUACUUUAAAGUGAUAUGAGUAGCUCUAUACAGAUAUUAAAAAAUAAAUGAUUGGACCGCCCUAUCGCUGGUCUAGUGGCCACGCUUGGCUACUCAACUGCAAGUAUGGGUUCGUUUCUAUGUAAUAAUAAAGGUUAAUUCUAAGUAUAAAUUUCAAAAAUAAAGCCGCAAAAAAAGAGAUAAGGAAAAUAUCGAAACUUGUAAAAGAUUACCGGCCCAGUAAUGUCUGUUCACCAAAAUAUUCGAUAUUAUAGGUGCGUGAAAUAAUUUUAUAUUGUAGAAUUGAUUGUCAGAAAUAACCGUGUUGGUUACGCUGCUCGGAAAAUAAUUCUCAAAAAGUUACCGAGGAAAUUCAAUCGACUGUUUAAUGUUCACAGUUUGUGUAUUAAAUAAAGGAAAAAAAGUUUGAAAUAAUAUUGUGAUUUACUUAGCGUUUGAGAAAUUUAAUGCGAGUUCAUAGCUCCAAUCAUAUCUACGGACAUCGGAAUUAAAUUGUUUCGUAACUUAAUUUUAUUAUUUGCAUUGUUGCCAGCAUCGUGUUUUCGUUUUGAAGGCUUGGUUCAAUAGAUAUAUAAAUAGAUUGACAUUAAUAAGUAAUAUAAUAUAACAAGAAAUAUAAUAUGCUUUAUUCUACAGCAAAACAAAAGAAAAUUAAAAACAUUAAAUACAAAAGUACAAUAUGGGCGGUCUUAUCGCUGCCAAACGAUCUCUUGUAAAAUACCAUUCUUGAUUUCACGAAAGAAAUUAAGUGAUAUAACUAUAGAUAGAAAAAAAGGAGUUAUGUCUAGCGAUUUUAUUUCGAUUAUUUUCUAUUUAUAUCUAUAUAAUUUCCCCACAUUUUUUAAAUUAAGUUCACGUUUACAUUUGAAGAAAAUAGUAUUUAAAUAACCGUAUAAAUAAUAAUAGUAUUUAAAUAAAACCAACUCGCAUAAUGAGACAACGCGAUCCCACCAAAAAUUUGUUCCAAUAAUUUUGUCUAUGAAUGUAUUCACGCCUAGAUUAGAGAGAAUACACAUGGCACAAAGACCCAAGCCGAUGCAAGAUACAUACAUACCAGACAUGUGGCGUUGUCUAUGUGGUUAAUUUUAGUGAAACAUGAAUUAAAUUCAAAACUAUAAGUUUGAUUACCAUUUAUUCACUUAAUAAAUCAGUAGUUAUAACUGGCACGCUGCAUGCAUGUUAAUUGUUGCUAGAUAUGAAUGGGGGUUUACUAUUUAAAUUUUAAGUAAAAUAUAUUAUGGCAAUGUACGUACGUCUUGUAAAGAAAACGAGGAUUUCUGAACUGAUAUUAACAUGUUUUUAUUGUUCUAGCUUGGUAUGCUUGUUUGUAACGUCAUUCAUUAUUUAAUGUAAUAUACACGGAUUUCAAUAUAUACAAUUAUCUUGAAAAUUUUCACACGCAUCAGGUACAGAUGGCAACACAAUAAUUGUAAACUUGGCUCUAAUAUAUCGACCAAUAUCAAAAGGGUAAAAAAAAAAUAUUAGAUGGGUUUGCUUUUUAAGUGUUUUUUUUUUAUAAUUUGUAAACUAAACUUUUAUUACGCACUACUUUUAUUUAUACAACGCAAAUCAUCAAACUUGUCAACGCUUUGAAAAUGCCCGUAGUGUAUUUUACUCGGUAUAUUAAAAUUUUUGGUGCUACGUCCGUUAAGUAAUUACUAUAUUUUUUUUGUAUUGCAGUAUGGUAGUAGCAUUGUUUGGCGUACGGCACUAAUUUUAUUAUAGUGAGACUUAUUUUAUAUCGAUUUAACAAUUUGAGAAGCGGUAGUACUUCUUAACAAUCCCUAAACCCCAAAUCGUAUUAGUUCACAUAAAAGUGCGACAUUAAUAAUAUGACCAUACGUCCCGGUUUAGGCGGGACAAUCCCGCUUUCGAGCAUUCUGUCCCGCUAUCCCUAGUGAGGCCGACAUAGUCCCACUUUUGCAAACAGACCAAACGAUGAAUUUAUUUUUCAAUUCAAUAUAGAGCUAGAAGUGUUUUAAUGAGCUAAUUUAAUAAAAGAGGUACAGACUAUUACAGAGUACUAACUAUUUUGUGUUUAGUGCUUUGAUUUUUUUGUGUUAUUCUAUCUUCAAUAAAAAAAUACUUUUAAAACACUAAAUACUUUUUAUAUCAAUAUAUAAUUCCGCAGAUGUCCCGCUUUGAUAAAAAAAAACAAUGGUCACGUUAGACAUACAUUAUGAAGAAUCUGUUAAACUUAGAUAAAAGAUGCAUACCUACUACAUUUCUAAAAACUCUGCAUUUACGUUUUUUGUCAUUUUUACAUUUUUAGCUUAAUAAUAUAAUAUUUAAUGAUGUUGUUGCCAAAUAAUAAUAUUAAGAUUUCAAGAAUAAGAUCUUUUUUGUAAUAUCGUUUAGCGAAAAUUCACUUGUGUGUGGCGUUCAAUUAUUAUAUAUAUUAUUACUGCUUAAAUGUUUAUUGUAAUUUUAGAUUUAAAGUUAUCGAAUAAAUGUAUGAGAAUUAAA